AUGUUGCUCGAACGUACGGGUCGGCAGUUACUGGAAACCUUAACAUUCUGCCGACGUUAUACUACUUCUUUGCUUCCUGCUGGAGGAAAAGCUUUUAUUAAUGGAGCAUGGGUUAACGCAGAAUCUGGCGAUACAUUUGAAGUAAGGAAUCCGUUUAAUAAUGAUAUGCUGUGCUCUGUAGCCAAAUGUGGUAUUAUUGAUACUGAGAAAGCUGUGAAAGCUGCUAGAGGGGCAUUAGAAAAUUGGUCUUUGAAACUUACUGCGAAGCAGCGCGGAGACCUGCUGCGAAAAUGGUACAACAUUUAUAUAGCGAAACAGAAGGAACUAGCCGAAUUGCUUACACUUGAACAGGGGAAGCCUUUAUCGGAAUCAGUGGGCGAGAUCCGUUACGCCGCAGGUUUCUUUGAUUGGUAUGCUGGUGAAGCCCGCAGGAUUUACGGCCAAAUAGUUCCUCCUACAGCAGUCAACAGAACUCAUUUACACACCAGGGAGCCAAUUGGUGUUGUUGCUAUUAUAACGCCGUGGAAUUUUCCAUCAGCAAUGAUCGCUCGAAAAGCCGGAGCGGCACUUGCAGUCGGAUGUACACUUGUAAUUAAACCUGCUGAAGAUACUCCUCUUUCAGCUUUGGCACUUGCGCAGACUGCAAAGGAGGCUGGUUUCCCUGACGGGGUUUUUAACGUUAUCCCAUCAGAUUUAAAGACGACAGCUGAAAUUUCUAAAUAUAUCUGUGCAAGUCAAGAGCUUUUGCUGGCGCAAUCUGCAAACACUGUUAAACGAGUUUGUCUGGAGCUCGGAGGUAAUGCACCUCUUGUAGUUUUUCCUUCAGCCGAUUUGGAAACUGCUGUGCAGGGUGCAGUAGCGAGUAGGUUUCGAGGAACAGGCCAAACAUGCAUCUCUGCGAAUCGCCUGUUUGUUCAUUCAUCAGUAUAUGAUAAGUUUACCUCAUUAUUGGGAAAUGAAGCCAGAAAACUGGUCGUUGGUAACGGUAUGAAGGAAGGUGUUACGCAGGGUCCUUUGAUUAAUGAACGAGCGGUUAAGAAAAUUGAAGGUUUGGUGUCGGAUGCUGUUUCUAAAGGCGCCAAGGUAGUUUGUGGUGGCAAACGAGGAAAUGAUUCUAAUAUUUUCGAGCCUACUGUAAUAGUCGACGUGCAAAUGAAUAUGGAUAUAGCGCAUACUGAGAUAUUCGGUCCCGUUGCAUCCGUCAUUAGAUUUGAUACUGAAGAAGAGGUGCUAAAGUUAGCUAAUGACACCAGGAGUGGACUAGCUGGUUACAUUUUUACCCGGGAUCCCAGCCAAAUUCAAAGGGUCACUCGUCGUCUGCAAGUUGGAAUGGUCGGUGUCAAUACAGGUCUUAUUUCAUGCGCUGAAGCGGCAUUUGGUGGCGUUAAAGAAAGUGGUCUUGGACGUGAAGGAGCGUCACAAGGGAUUGACGAGUUUUCUCAAUGGAAAUAUAUUUGUAUUUCUCAUUAG